AAAUUUCAACCUUAAUAAUAUUUUGCAACUGUGGUUGUUUCUUUGAAGACUUUGUCGUUUUCUCUCUCUAAAAACUUCUAAAAGAGAGAAGAGAGCGUGUGGGAUCAUCAGAGUAAAAGCCACAGUUUGCUUCAUCAAUGAAAUUUUUCAUUCAUUUCUUAGCCACUUCCUUUUGACUUUUCAAUCCAUUUUCUUUUCUUAAUUCUGAUCCCAAAUUGUUUCAAACAACAUCCUUGUACCUUUGUUCUUUGUCUUGUCCUCUGUUUUUGUCCCAAAAAAGAAACCUUAAAAUUUGAUCUAUGUUUGUUCUUUGAGUUCUUCUUAAUUUUCUCCUCCAAAAUUUUUUAUCUUUUGAAUUUUUAUUUCCAUUUCAGAUUCAGCCAUUUAUGACCCACAAAUUUAAUUCAUCAAAGAUUGAAUUUUUAUCAUUGAUCAAUUCAAAUUUCAAUUUUUUUCUAUAAUGGGUUGUGCAAAUUCAAAGCAAAAGAGAUGUAGACAUUGUAACAAUCCUUAUUCACCAGUUCCAAGAAGCUAUUCAAUGCAUCAUCAACCUCAAUCAGAAGAUGACAGUUACCAUGUUGUAGCACUCACAUCAACCACAUUAGGUACUCUCAAACAACUCAAUUCUCCUAAAAAAAAUUCUUCUAGUUUUCAUCAUGUUCAUGAUCAUGUUCAUGAUAAUUUCAAGUUUUCAAAUGGAAAAGUUGAAGAGAAUGAAAGUUUUAGGUUUCAUAGUGAAAGUUUAUUGCAAAAACUAAACAAGGAAAAGGAAAAAGAGAAGAAUGAGAAGAAAGAAGCAUUGGAGAGUGAUGAGAAAGUGAAAGAAUUUUCAAUGGGUUUGAUUGAAGCUAAGACUUGGUCUAAUAUGAUUGAAGAAAAGUUAACAAAAGUUGUUCCUAUGACACCAACAAGAACACCACCUGGUGAACCAGAAACAAUCAACACAUGGGAAUUAAUGGAAGGUCUUGAAGAUAUUACUCCUUUUCGAUCGCCGAAUCAAUUCAAAAGUUUCUCUUUUCAUGUCAAUGGUGAUCUUGUUGGUGUUGGUGUUGAUCCCCCUAAACCUUUUUGGCAUGAAAUGACAGAGGAAGAAUCAAAGCUAAAUCCAGCAAUAUCAGAUUUUGAUCCUGAAGUGAUUUCAUCAUUCAAAAAGUCCUUACAAAAUCUCUCUCAAGAUAGCCCUUUUCAUCUUAGAGAAACAUCAAUUGAUGAAGAGAAAAUGAACGAUGAUGUUUUUGUGGAUGUUAAGGUUGGUGAGAAGAACAAGGUUGUUUUGUAUUUCACAAGUUUAAGAGGGGUGAGAAAAACUUAUGAAGAUUGUUGUCAAGUGAGGAUGAUUUUGAGAGGGUUAGGAGUGAAAGUUGAUGAGAGAGAUGUAUCAAUGCAUUUAGGAUUCAAGGAUGAGUUAAGAGAUCUUUUAGGUGAUUUAUAUGGCGGAGGAGGAUUGCCGAGAGUUUUUCUUGGUAGGAAUUACAUUGGUGGAAUUGAGGAGAUUGUGAAACUUCAUGAAGAUGGAAAGCUUGAGAAAUUGUUGGAUUGUUGUGAGAAAAUUGAGGAUAGUUGCGGUGAAUGUGAGAAUUGUGGCGAUAUAAGAUUUGUUCCUUGUGAAACUUGUUUUGGAAGUUGUAAAAUCUACUAUGAAGGUGGAGAUGACGAAGAAGAAGAAUAUGAUGAUCAUGCCGGUGAAGAGGGUGAAUUUGGAUUCCAUCGUUGCCCGGAUUGUAAUGAAAAUGGACUAAUUCGUUGCUCCGUGUGCUGCUACUAGUUACCACGUCCAGGCACGUCCAGGUGAUGUUUAGUUCUACAUGUUUGAAAUGUCAUUAAGUUUGUCAGAAUCACGAUGAUUGACAAAAGUUUUGCCAAAAUUACUAUGUCAUUGUGAUUUCGUGAAAUUCACUGAUUUCAAACUCGCGCUUAACAGUGUUGGUUAAAACCAAGUUUUGAGUGUUAUCAUUCUGGGUAUUUUGUAUUUUUUUUUAAUGAGAUUUUGUUGUAUAGUUGAGUCUUUGAUAUGAUGGAUAGAGUGAAUAACAUGUUCUAAUCACUCCCUCUUCAUAACCAGUGAUUUGCUGCAAAGUGUAUACUUUUCAUUUUCAUUUUUCAGAAAGGUUGUAUACAAUUUCCUUUCAUGUAAAAUUUGAAAGAAUUGAAAAAGAAAAUUACAGAUACAAAGUUAGUUUAUAAUACUUAGUUGCAUUUGAUUUCUUUCACUUAAUAAUGUGUUUUCCUUUUCUGCAAUUUUAAAUCUAGCCGUAACAUUUGGAUGUCAUUACAUUGUGGAAUUAAUUGAAUGGUUUAAUGGCCUAGAAUUGAAAUUUGAAUCUUCAAGGAACUAAUUUACAUAAUGCACCAGUUGUCUAUGAAGCACAAACAAUAACACUUGAUACGCGCUGUCCGCGUUUCCUAACUUAACUGAUAAAAAUGUCAAAAUUGUUAGACCAUAUAUGUCAUGAUCACUAAUGUGUGUGACUUUAUAAUGACUUUAUCAUUUAAUCUAUCUAUAAAAAAAAGACAAACACUAAUACUAACAUGUUUAAAAAA